AUGAUGUUUGCCACUGUUUAUCAGGGGAAGAGAGGAAAGGAAUUUGGGGAGGAGGUGGAGGAAACAAGUCUGCACCUUGUAACUGGGUUGAGCACAUUGGGUCAGGGUCAAAGACCACCUGAGCCCAUGGGUGUUAUGCAAGAGGCUGUUAUGAAGGGGCCCCAGCCUGCAGCAUGCAUCAGCCCGCCUCCCUACUCCCCCUCCAAUGCUGGCUCUGUACCUCAGGGGGUUGCGAAAGCCCCAGGACUACAUAAAGCAUUCCCUGUCUGGGCCCCCCGCCACUGCCGUCCACUUGGGCUCUCAAGAGGCUACAGGGACCGGCACUGCCUGGACGUGAUGGCCCACACGCAGAGAGCACUGCCCUGGCUGCUGCUGCUGGCACUGGCUUUGCUGGGCAGCAGCAUGGCGGAGCGGGACUGCCAAGUAAGCAGCUUCAAAGUCAAGGAGAACUUCGACAAGACCAGGUACAGUGGCACCUGGUAUGCCAUGGCAAAAAAAGAUCCUGAGGGGCUGUUUCUGCAGGACAACGUGGUAGCCCAGUUCACUGUAGAUGAGAAUGGACAAAUGAGUGCCACUGCAAAGGGCAGAGUCAGACUCUUCAAUAACUGGGAUGUCUGUGCUGACAUGAUUGGCUCUUUCACUGACACAGAGGAUCCUGCCAAAUUCAAGAUGAAGUACUGGGGUGUUGCCUCUUUUCUGCAGAAAGGAAAUGAUGAUCACUGGGUAGUGGACACAGAUUAUGAUACGUAUGCUCUUCAUUACUCCUGCCGCCAACUAAAUGAAGAUGGCACUUGUGCUGAUAGCUAUUCCUUUGUGUUCUCCCGGGACCCCAAGGGAUUGCCUCCAGAGGCACAGAAAAUUGUCAGACAAAGGCAGAUAGACCUCUGCUUGGACAGAAAAUACAGAGUUAUCGUUCAUAAUGGAUUUUGCUCUUAAGGACAUCCAAAACUAUGGAAAGAAACCAUGUAACAGCACCAUGGAUGUAAAGUUAACACAUUGAUCGGGUGUUCUCUUGAAAACCUUUUAAAUGGCUUCUUUUAGAUUUUGAGUAUAUUUAUCUGAGCUGUGUAGCUCACCUUGUUAAUAAACCAAUGAAACAUUUUAAUAAACUUGGAUUACAGGGGAUGCAAAUUGUUUGUAUGCAAAUCCAUACAUAUGUAGACAUUGGUUUUAUUAGUAAACCAUUAUCUUAAUG